CCUCGAUCAGAUGGAUACAGUUGGACGAGGUGGACGCAUCGGCACGUACCAGACAAACUACUGACAAAAAAAGGCGAAAGGGAUCUAUACACACACAUAUAUAUAUAUAUAUAUAUAUAUACACACACACGAACUGAUUGUUCACACCGCUGCGCUACAUGGAUACCGGUUGUUUCACCGCGGCGCAGCGUAUUUCGUGCCACACCAUGAAUGCGGAAUUAUUUAAGCCUGUUCCUGAGCGUGGACCCCAACAGUCCUCUGCCCCGGUGAAAACCAGCAGGAAUAAACCCGAACAAACCAAACCAGAGCUGGCCCAGGUGGUGACAGACUCCAAGACGGGAAGGACCUACAGUAAAGGAAAGCUUUUGGGAAAGGGCGGCUUUGCUCGAUGUUACGAGAUGACAGACCUCUCCAACAACAAAAUGUAUGCUGUGAAGGUGAUUCCGCAGAGCAGGGUGUCCAAACCGCACCAGAGGGACAAGAUAACGAAUGAGAUUGAGCUCCACAAAACCCUGUCGCACAAGCAUGUGGUGAAAUUCUCUCAUCAUUUUGAAGACCAAGAAAACAUCUACAUAUUCCUCGAGCUCUGCAGUCGGAAGUCCCUGGCACACAUUUGGAAGGCAAGACACACGCUCACAGAGCCAGAAGUGCGUUAUUACCUCAAACAGAUCAUAUCCGGCCUCAAGUACCUCCACAGCAGAGGGAUCCUGCACAGAGAUCUCAAACUAGGCAACUUCUUUGUCAACGAGAACAUGGAGCUGCGACUGGGAGACUUCGGCCUCGCUGCCAAGCUGGAGACAGUCGAGCAGAGGAAAAAAACAAUCUGUGGGACUCCGAACUACUUGGCCCCUGAGGUGCUCAACAGACAGGGCCAUGGCACAGAGUCUGACGUCUGGUCCCUCGGAUGUGUCAUGUACACGCUGAUGUGCGGCAACCCUCCUUUUGAGACUCUAGACCUGAAGGAGACCUACAAGUGUAUAAAAGAAGUUCGGUACAACUUGCCAUCCACGCUCUCUCCUGCAGCACAGAAACUCAUCUCAGGCAUCCUGCAGAAAAACCCCAGUGACAGACUCUCACUGGAUCAAAUCCUCAACCAUGAGUUCUUCACCAAAGGUUUCACCCCUGAUAAGCUUCCCCCCAGCAGCUGUGCGAUGGUACCAGAGCUCCACCCCCCCAGCCCUGCUAAGAAAUUCUUCACUAAAAUGGCCAAGAGCCUCUUUGGCAAAAAGAAAGCAAAAGUGGAGAAAAUUCCAUGUGAGGAAAAAGAUGACAAAGACAUUUCCAAGCUGGUGUCAGGCAUCGUUAAAUGUUCCAUCAAUCGGCAGAUCAGCUACAAGACAGUGGGACCCAAUGAGGUGCCCUCUCCCACCAGUCAGCUGGUCAGCUCCGUGCCUCUGGAACAGACUCCUGCUGAGGAGGAAUCCAGGAAGUCAAUCUCGCGCUCCUUCAAGGGCACAAUGGCCAGCAGCACUGAACCCUGUGAAGACGUCCUGAGCCCUGCAGCUCUUGCUGAAUCGGCAUUGAAAGUUCUCAACGGCUGCCUGGCUACCAUGCCUGCAGCCACUAGGAACCCACCCUGUUUGUCCAGGCCACAGUCCUUCCUGUGGGUGACUAAGUGGGUUGACUACUCAAACAAAUAUGGUUUUGGCUACCAGCUCUCAAACCAAAGCAUUGGUGUGCUUUUCAAUGAGGGAACACAUCUCAGUCUUUGUAACCAACGCAAGACAGUCCACUACUGCUUGACCAACAACAAACACUUCACUUUUGCUACCAACUCUCUACCUGAGCAGCUUCGCAGCCAGAAACAAAUUGUGGAGCUCAUGGCAAAUUACAUGGAGCAGAACCUUAUGGAGGGUGGAGAUCUGCACUGUGAGGAGCAAGUCUCAGGUCCUCCUCCUCUGCUGCUUCAGUGGGUGAAGACUGACCAUGCUCUGGUCAUGCUCUUCAACAAUGGCACUCUACAGGUUAACUUCUACACAGACCACACAAAGAUCAUCCUGUGCAAGUCAGCUGAUGACUCGUACCUACUUACCUACAUCAGCCGGGAACGCGUCUCAUACACUUACCUCCUCAGCAUGCUGAUUGAGAUGGGCUGCACCUCCGAGCUAAGACACCGGCUGCGAUAUGUGGUCCAGCUGCUCCAACACCAUGCUGAUGCCUGAGGGCACAUCUCCGUGCCUCCCAGGCUGCCUGAUUGGCAGAUGCCUUAGAGGCAGUCUGACUGGUUAACACCUUCUUUGGCAGCCCGACUGGCUGAUAUAAUUUCUCGAGGCAGUGCUGCAAGGAGCUGACACCUGUUCAGUUGACCAAUGGAAGACUCAGAAGUUGAGCAAAUAUUCUUUGGACUGGUGCUUUGGCAUUUGAUUAUCAGAUUGAUUGACCUUGACAAACAUCAAGCAGUCAGGAAGUUGCCCAAUGCAGCAUCUGCCCCAAGGGUUUGUGCCUGUCCAGCUUAUGCCUCAAAGGUAUCCACCUGGAAGGUAUUGAUACCUAAGACUCCUACCUGGCCUGAAAUGAUGGAUCCCUCAAAGGCAGAUGCCUAAAUGAACACCCAAACUCCCAAUUCACCUUCCCUCACUCACUCAAAACCACUGCUUCUUGGCUGGAUCUUUCAAAGCCGCCAACCAACCCUGCAGCUUUCAGCUUCCCUGAUAGCCAAUAACCCAGGCAUGGUUUCUCAAAGGUAUCGAAACACUAAAAUUGUCUUAUUUGCUUGCAACGGAACAGGAAUAAUCUUGUAGCUGGAAGGCUUCUAGGCUCAGUUUUUUCCGAAAGUAUUUUAGCAGCAAGGUAAUUUAUGGCGUUGACUUGCACUGGAACUGUGAUGUUACAGCAGAGAUGCUUUGAGAACUGUAGUUUGACGAGAGAGACCCUCCUACCCUCGGUUGGUUUCUGGCCUCUUUAGACUAUGGUGCACACAUUCAUUUAUUUUAUUUUUUUUAUUUUUUUCUUAUUUAAAAGAAAAAAAUGAGCCAGCUAUAGGAUCACACUACGAUCUUGACCUCACAUGCACAAAUAACAUUCCUGGCCUUAUUUGAUGAUGGUGAUGGUAAUGUUUGGAGAAGUCAUUGCUGCUUCUCCUCCAACAUCACUUUUGUCUUUUGUUUUAUUUUUAUUUUUUUCCUGUUAGUUGUUAGUUGUUAGAAUCAAAUUUCACUGAAAUGGUACACGGCAUACUAUAGGGGCUAUGGGAGCAACACAAUUUUGCACUUUUCUUUUGUGAAUUUAUCUGGAACGCAAAACAUUUUACUACCACUUGUAAUAUUUUAUUUGUUUUUAACUAGAUACCAAACGGCAUUUUCUUUGUUGGUUUUUAAAAUUAUUCAGUUUUUUAAAUUCACAUACAAUAGGUGAGUGUGUGUGCGCCACACAUGUGCUGGUAAACAACUGUUGGUUGGAAAAUGAGGGUGGGGAGGGGGGAUAAAAGUGCCUUUCUGAGGGAUGUCUGUAUAGUGCAAUAACAACCCUUUGUGAAUGUCAAGCUGGAUACAAACAAGGAUUUGAGAUGGGUUUUACAGUGGGAUUUACUCUUGUACUUUAAGCCAAGUUUAAAAGUAAGUCCAAUAGCACUACACUCACUACCUGGUAUAAGCUUUUAGAACAACUGGUAUCACAAGUAUAUAUCCCAGUAAUAUCUACUAAGGAAAAAAGAAAACAUUGUGCUCUGUUGUACUGUACUGUACUGUACUGUAAUCCUUAUCGGUUUACAUUGCUUUCUCGACCCAGAGUUGUACCCUAAAAACUGUGACCUGGAAUGCAAGUAUUACGUACAUGUGUUUUCAAAAACCAACAUUGUGAAAGCCAUCUGCCAAUUCAGAAGAGUCUUUAUUUUUUGGCACAUAAUGUCCUGUUUAUUUAUUUUUUAUUUAUACAUGUUUUUUAUUUAUUGUGUAAAUGUUACGGUCUUGACACAAAGAUGUUCAAUUCCAAUCACUUUUUGUAUGUAACAUAUUUGGGAGGGAAAUAGGAUAAAAAUAAAGUUUAUUGAAAAUGAACUUGA